CGCACCUUCCCUCUCUCACUUUCGCUACAUACAACUUUGAGCGGGUGGCUCAUUCCUUCCUAUGGUGCUCGCUCUUUCCCAAUACGUAUGCGUGUCUCUGCAUUGGUCCUCACGAUCUUUUCUUUUCCCUUUCCUUCUCUCUCUACCAUCAUCUUUCAUCUUUCCUUCGCCCUAUCUCUUCAGGCAACAUCUGUAUACUUGCUUGCUCCGCUUUUCUUUUCAUCCAGUAUCGCAUACUCCACGUAGAUUACUAGCAUGGCGGCGGAGUCAGUGGCUAGUGAUGACGAGCACAACGAUGAUAGCUUCAUUGUAGACAUCGAUGCGAUCCAGGCACACGGCAUUGGCGCUGUCGACAUCUCUAAGCUAAAAUCCAACGGCUACUACACGAUCGCUUCCGUACACUCAGCUACCCGCCGCAACCUACUCAAGAUCAAAGGCUUCAGUGAGGUCAAGGUCGAUAAAGUCAAGGAUGCUAUUGCCAAGUGCCAGGUCAGUUGUGCUGGAGCGGUAGUGAGCGAGCUUGCUUUGCUAAAAAAAAACAUAUGCAGCCUACAGGUGGAGGCUUCCAGACUGCUCAUGAGCUUGGACAACAGCGAAAGCGCGUCAUCAAGAUUUCUACUGGUAGCAAAGCGCUCGACGCGAUUCUCGGAGGUGGCUUUCAGACAAUGAGCAUCAGCGAGGUAUUUGGCGAGUUUCGCUGCGGAAAGACGCAGCUCUCACAUACCAUGUCUGUCAUUGCACAGCUGCCAAAAGACAUGGGGGGUGCUGAGGGCAAGGUAGCAUAUAUUGGUGUGUUGCCCUCAUGUGGCCAU